UGGAUCCUGACACAGCUCAUCCUGUCUGAGGACCUGACCAGCGUAAGACUCGGAGACACACGGCAGCAGCUCCCUGACUCCCCGAAGAGGUUUAGUAAAUAUCUCAUAGUCCUGGGGUCUGAGGGCUUCACAUCAGGGAGACAUUACUGGGAGGUGCAGGUGGCCAACAAGAGAAAGUGGGAUGUGGGAUUGGCCCGAGUGUCUGUCAACAGGAAGGGAAAGAUCACAGUGUCACCAGAGAACGGAUUCUGGGCUGUGACACUGAGAAACGGGGAUGAAUAUGAAGCUUGUACCUCACCUCCCACCCGCCUGUCCCUGAGAGAGAGACCCGGGAAGCUGGGAGUGUUCCUGGACUAUGAGGGGGGAGAGGUGACAUUUUACAACGCUGAUAACAUGUCUCAUCUCCACACUUUCACCCAGACUUUCACUGAGAAACUUUAUCCGUACUUCUGUCCCUGUAAUAGCGACGGCGGCAAAAACUCUGAGCCUCUGAGUAUCUGUCGGGUGACCGAUUAAUGAGGCGGAAAUCCUCAGCCACGAGCUGUGUUUGGCUGUGAUGGCCACGAGGCUGAACCUUUUAUAAUCUGUGUCCUUAUACAAUAAAGCUUGUGGUUUAUAUGACACCUUUCACACUGGGACCGCGGCUCAAUCCUUUCUCGGAAUCGGCUGUGAAGCGACGGUUGUGUUUGUGAGCGAAUAUAGAGCUAAUUUGCACAGAGAAAAGUCUAAAGUAAAUCAUCUGUGACACAACGACCAUCAGGCUGGAGUUUUCAGCUCCUGAUCUCGACAAUAAUAAUCCCCAUAUUGCACACAGCUCCUCAUCAAU